GCACGAAGCGAGGGUUUGCCGAUCAAGGUCGCGGUAAUGGCUUCCUAGGCAAGACUUACUUUGUUUAUGCCGCCGUGGGUACCUCAGUAGCUGCGUUUAGUGUGCUUAAUGUACAUUAUAAUACAAAUCUGCACGCUUGUGAAGAAAGCUCGGAAUCUGACACCUUCGUGCCGGGAGUUUCUCGCUGAUGGGGUUGAGUUGUAUGGCUGAAUGAGGCUAUCGCCUAUGGUACCGUAGAAGGAUGAACUCCAUCGCCGGUCGGGAUCUCUCAGUGUCCGCUGGAGCUGUCAGCAGCAACCCCGGAGCAGCAUCCUCCAGAGUCCUGCAUGUGGAGCUCACAUCACAACAGAGGCGUUUACGUCACUUGCGGAGCAUAGCGGCCCGUAACAUCGUGAACAAGAAUGGCUCUCCUCUGCUGGACACUUACUUCACCCUUCACCUCUGCCAGGAAGAUCGAAUAUCACGAGAUUUUUAUAAGAGUGAAGUCAUCCGAGACUCAUUGAACCCGACAUGGCGGAGCUUAGAUUUUGCCAUGCUGCCGGACCUCUUGGACAUGUCUGUGUCGUGUUUUGUGGUGAGAAUAUGGGGUGGCAGGGAAGAACAAUACCAACUGCUUAUUGAGUGGAAGGUCAACCUAGAUGGGCUCAGAUACACAGGACAGCAGAUUCGCUCCAGAAAUCCAAAUGAGAUCAUCUUUGGACUGAACGAUGGCUACUAUGCAGCUGAUUUUGAUCAGAAGGAGAAUUCUGACAGGAAGAAGAACAGUUUGCUCCAAGUGGACCAGAGCUCUGUCAGAAACUCAUACAGUGUUUUCUCUUUACUGAGGCUUCACACGGCCCAGAGAGCCAUUAAGCAGACUCAGGUGACGGUUCAGAAGAUUGGAAAGGAAAUUGAGGAAAAACUGAGGACAACAGCGUCCUGCACAGAAAAGAAGAAAGAGAGGGAGUGUAUGCAGCUACAUAUUGGGAUUCUGAGGAGCGAGUUGGAAAGACAGAGGAAGGCGCUGACGAGAGAAAUGGACUUGAUGCAGAAAGAGAGCACACAGCUUGUAAAGAAAGAGGAGGCGUCAUCUACCAAGCACCAGGGUCUGGAGUCUGAGCGCAAGUCUUUGACGGAGUUGCAGAAGGAAUGCACUGCCAAAAGAGAGCUGUUUCUGAAGUCUAACGCCCAGCUCACUUUCCGCUGUCGUCAGCUUAUAUCAGAGCUUUCCUACAUUUAUCCCAUUGAUGUGAACAAUCAGAACGAUUAUGUGAUUUGUGGUGUCAAACUGCCCAAUUCUGAAGACUUUCAAGCAAAGGAUGAUGGGAGUAUUGCGGUGGCUCUAGGUUACACGGCACACCUGGUGCUGAUGAUAUCAUGCUUCCUGCAGAUUCCGCUCAGGUAUCCAGUCAUCCACAAGGGUUCCCGUUCCUCCAUCAAAGACACCAUCACUGACAAACUCACAGAGAAGGAGAGAGAGUUCCCCCUUUAUCCCAGAGGAGAGCGUUUCCAGUUUGAAUACGGUGUCUAUUUGCUCAACAAAAACAUUGCCCAGUUGAGGUACCAACAUGGGCUGUCCACCCCAGAUCUGCGUCAGACUUUACCCAACCUCAAAAACUUCCUAGAGCAUGGACUACUUGUAAGAUGUGACAGGCACCAUGUCUCCAUGUCCAUCCCUGUCCCUCUGAAGUCUCAUCUCAGCGUUUCCACCGCAUCUGAAGUGGGAAUUCCAACCCUCUCCAGUUCCCCUGAGCGCGACGUCCAGAAAAGGUCUGGCUCAGAUCCGGAUAAACAGAAAUACCGAACCCCUCCACCUAGUUACAGCACGGCCAUGGCUCAACCCGAUCCCAUGACCACUCCGGAGAUUCCGUCAGCGCCGUCCACAGAGAUUGCGAGCGUGGAAGUAGGUAAGACUGUAGAAACACAUAAGGAUGGAGAGACUCCGUCCGAGGCACAUAUGGAGAAACCUCUGGAAGUACCUACAGACAUAGCCAGUACGUUACCAUCUGACUCUGCACCUCAGCACCCAGGGGCCAUGAACGGCUCGGCCGUGCCCAGCGGGGGUAUGGGAUUGGGUGUCGUGAGCGGAAGCGAGCUGUGCUGCUCCGUAGAGCAGGCGGAGGAGAUUAUGGGCACUGAAGCCACAGGGCUGGGAUUGGGACUAGGGUUAGGGUUGGGAUUGGGAGGCGGCGCCAGACUGGACGAUUACCCAUGCAUCCCGGUGGAGCACGCCAUUGCGGUCGAGUGCGACGAACAGGUUUUGGGAGAAUUCGACGCCGCUGGGAUCGAGGAAGUCUCGCGGCGCAUCUAUGCACUAGAGAACAUGUCUAGCUUCCGACGGCCUCGGAAGAACUCGGAAAAAUAACUGGUAUACAGGACGUGGCCCUGGAAAAAAACGGGUCAGAGGGUGACGGGUGUCCAAGUUGAUUGGUGACGUAAGGCUGAGUCUGCGUAAUAUUUCACCCUGACUGCAACAAGUAUAGACAUUACAUAAAGAAAUAUAUUAUUAAUAAUAUUGUUAUAAUAAUUAUUAAUAUUAUUAGGAAAUAUCUGGAAUAUUGACCAAUUUGCACUUCUCAAAGCAUUUCUAUAAUCCUUUAAAGUGAAAUAAAGAGAAUGUUUGUGGUUGAAAUGCGUGCUGGGCGUCUUUCUCGGUGUAUGGAUUUGCAGUCUUAAUGGAAUAGUUCACCCAGAAAUGAAAAUUCUGUCAUCAUUUAUUCACCCUCAUGUUGUUCCAAACCUGUGGGACUUUCAUUCCUCUGUGGAACACAAAAGAAGAUAUUUAGAAGAACUGUUUUGGUCCAUACAGUAAAAGUCAAUUGGAUUCAUCCAAUGGUGUUUUGGACCCAGUGUUGACCAAUGUUGUGAAGGUGUGAUUCAUUUGACUCAGCACAGAACAGAAUUGACUGAGCACAGAAUUUAAGACAGCCAUGAAUAUGAGUAUUGUAAUUUUACUGUUGUUCUGUAAAAUAAAAUAAUAAUCAUUAUUAUUAUUAGUAAGUUCUGGGAAUUAAUCAUUAAUUCGUGGCCACGGCCCCACGAUAUACAUAUUUUUUUUCACCCACAAUUCAUAAUUAAGUACUCAAUUUUUGAUUUUAAGCUUCCAAAGUAUUUUUACAAUAGUAAUAUAUUUUUUUAUUAGCUUGUUUAAUUUGUACAAUUUAAUUUAAUAAAAUAACAACUACAUAUUGUCUAGGUUGAGUUUGCUCAUGCUCAAGCUAUAUUGAUCCACAAGCUAAUAUUAAAAAACAAAUCAGACACUUUUUGAAAUAUUACAUUUCUUCUUUUGUGUUCCAAAGAAAAAGUCACGCAGGUCUGGAACAACAUGGUGGUAAUUAAAGGCACAAUAUGUAAGACUUUUGAUUAAUAUAUCCAAAAACCACCACUUUUUUGACUUGUGUGCUUACAUUAUCCCAAAUGUUUCCAAGAAUGUUUAAAUCCAGAGAAAUAAGCAAUUUCAACCAGCACUCGGACCGUGUCUGUGCAUCGCCUAUCAGUGACAUCAUACCUGCGUUACCCUCGGUUUCUGGUUUUAUUUUGUUGAAACCAUGGAAACACCAAAGACGCUUUAAUAUAUUAUGUGUUUUAUUAGACAGGUGAGCAACUGUUUGGAUACAUUCAUCAACAGAAAACGAAUCAUUGUUAUAAAGCUUAACAAAGGAAGUCUUAUUGUUUAAAUCUCGUUUUCUAGAUUUACCGCGAGUACCAUGUUUUACCCUGCCUAAUAUCAAUCUAGCUUACUGCAGUGUGCAACAAGUGUCUCAUAGUAGCUGCCGAGCGAAUGUAGAAUAGCAUUAUAACAACUUUCAACACACAAAUGUAUCAAAUAUGAUAAAACAGUGCUGCGUUACCCGACAUACGAUCGACCAGAAGAAGCAGAAGCGGCGACUGCGGCAUUAUAAAAGUCCCACUGCUAUGUUUUAAAUAAGCGACCUCUAGCUGUGAAAAUUUACAUAUUGUACCUUUAAGUUAAGACAAUUUUCAUUUUUGGGUGAACUAUCCAUUUAAAUACCAUGCAGUGUUACAGCGGGAGCUCUGGUGCACCAGGACCAACCAGCCUGAUACAUACCAGGCCCUGCACCAGGAGGAAUGGCUGUUGGUCUGGGUGGGCGGAAAGGGCGAGGAACGUCUGUGUGCCAAUGACACCCUUUCUCAUGCUGCACACCCAAGUCCUGCUUCCAGAAGAGGAAGAACAUGUACGCAUAUAUUGCGCAAAUCUCCGUUUUUUUCCCCCAGUCUGACCGUUGCAAGACCUUGUAUUCUCUCUGAUUUAUUCACCCAGAAUUAUAAAAUCCUGACAGCUGUGCUUCACAGUUUGAUGCCGUGUCAACACUGGAUGUGAGUGGCACAUCAUCACGUAACAAAACCCAAUAGCUCCUAUUAUAACCAACAAAUCUGUCUACACUUGAAGUGUUCAUUAUGUUGCAUUGUUAUCGGCCCAUUUCUAUUGUUGCACCCAAUUCUCAAGGUUUUUUUUUCUCUAAAAUAGGCUUUUUGCCUGUUUCUAUUUUUUGUUUGCUGUACAGCCACUCCAGCUUUAUUUUUCCAAUCCAUCUAUAAUAAAAUUGAAUCUAAAUAAACUGAUUUAAUAAAUAAAUUUAAAUAAUUUGAGCAGUUGUAACAUUAUGUAUAAAAUUGUUUUGUUCUUCUAAAAUAAAAUACAAAGUGAAAUGGCAUACCUAUGUGGAAACGUGUGACAUUAGUCACUUCCAGUAUAGACAUGGUGUAAGAAAUCUAGAUUACCAUAUGCUUAAACAACAAUUUAGGCAAAACCUUCAGGGUUGCGAGGUCUUUAUUCCAAAAUGAACUUUUUCCUUGAAGGUGCUUUAAUCUCAAUGAUCUUUCCCACUGUAUACAGUUAUUCAGCUAUCAGAAAAACCAAAAUGCAAAUGAUGUGCACUGCAUACUGUUGUUGAAGAGGAGCAGGAUGGCCGUUCCUCUGCAUUUACUGCAGUUCUUUAUUUUUUUUUCUUGAUUAUGGCAUUAAUCCUCAUUGUUUCGUGUUGCACACUACUCUUCAAUGUAAUUUCCUCUAAAAACAAUAUUCAUCCAUCUGCGCAACUUUCAAAAGCCAUCUGUGUGUGUGUUUUUCCCCAAGCAGUAUUCUAUACUUAUAUUUAUAUUUUGGUGUCCUUUAUUCUAAUCUGCUUUUCAGGUAUACACAAGAGUCUGAUCCUCUUCCAUAAGAAUCACAUCAUGAAUGUAAUAAACACACUUAAGAAAAGGACUAGUAAUGGAUUAGUAAUGGUUGACUUUUACAUCAGGAAGGACUAGUAAUGGUUGACUUUUACAUCAUUUCACCCUGGCCUGAAACCCUUGUUUGAUUUCCUGUCUCUUGUAGAUUUUCCUUGAAUGACUGUUGAUACAUGAUGUAUUUAAGACAAAUACAAAGAAAUUUGUUUCCAUAAAUUGCUGUGACACUGUACAUAUACUUUUGUAUGAAAGGUGUUUUAUUAUUAAAGAUCAGUUUAAUGAUAUGA